AUGGAGAACAGAGACAAUCCGCUUCCCAUUCUCCUGGGCGCAAAGAAGAAUCCUGACUUGGACGUUUUGACCAAAGUCUCUGACCAGGACUUCUCUGAGAAGCUCUUGCUUUCAGCCUCGGCUGCGGGAGAUGCCGCGCAUGCGCAGCGGCUUCUGCUUCAGAAGGCGAACGUCGACAGCAAGGACCAUGGAGGCCGAACGGCCUUGCACUUGGCCUCUGGAGGCACCGCAAGAGGUGCUGAAGAGGUCGUAAAGAUCCUGCUGGGACAGCGUGCACUUGCCAAUGCAGUGGACCACGUGGGGAUGACGCCACUGGACAUGGCCAUGUUGGUGCAGAACUGGGGGAUCAAGAAGCUCUUGGAGCAGAAUGGUGUGGAACUCCAACCCAUCUUGAAACGAAAGGCACAAGAAAGCUCCUGGCUGCUGAAGGCCUCGGAACUCAAACUCCGACGUGAAAUCGGACACACUUUGAAGAGUGUGGUGCACCUGGCCGAUUGGCACGGGACCAAGGUGGUGGUGAAAUGCAUCAAGAUGAAGCGGAGGGUGAUCAUGAACAAGAUGAAACGAUCCAAGAGCUUUGACCUGUCCCUGGCGAGUGAAUUGCACGAAUUGGACGACGUUCCGGUGGAGAAGGAGGAUUGCAGCCCGGAGGAAGCAGAGAUCGAGCACAUGUGUUCGGAGGAGCUCCUGCGUGAGAUUGAACUUUUAUCAUCCCUUCGGCAUCCUGAUUUGGUGCUCUUCUUGGGGGCAUGCUUGGAGAAUGACAUGCCGGUGAUGUUCGUCACAGAGUACAUGCCGGAAGGUGACCUGGAACACUACCUGUACAAGAUGAGGGAUGAGCGGCAAGUGCCCCACUAUGCCCCACCUCUAUGGCGAACCAUCGAAUGGUCUAUGGCAGUGGCUCGGGCAUUGGCCUUUCUCCACAAGUUCCCAGUGAUUCAUCGAGAUUUGAAACCACUAAAUUUGCUGCUCACCAAGACCUUGGAGAUAAAGGUCACAGAUUUCGGGACCAGCAAACUCAUGGCCAAAGCGGCAAGAGAUUCUGAGGAUGGCUCUGUGGACAACGACUUGAAGCACUCGACCAAGGGGGAAACUCAGAUGACCUUGGGAGUGGGUACGUACAACUAUAUGGCUCCAGAAGUGGUCAGGACAAAGAAGUAUGAUGAGAAAGUUGACAUCUAUGCCCUGGCCUUGAUUAUGUUCUACUUGAGUUCAGGGAAGCGGCCAUUUUACCACCUCUUUGUCAGAGGCCAAGGACCCGCGGAGCUGCUCGAGCGGUUCGCACACGGAGAGGAUCCCAGACCGGAUGCGCGGCAGUGCCACCGCCGCCUGCGCGGCCUCAUCGAGCGAGGCUGGGCGGUCAAGGCGUCAGAGCGGCCGAGCGCCAAGGAGCUGCUGGAGGACUUAGAGGAAAAAAAGAACUUGACGCUUGGACGACCUGGAGAACAUGGCGCGGUCAUUUCAGGUAGGUCUCCAAAAGGAGGACCCACCAUGACCCACUCUGGAUCAGCGUUGUUCCUCAGAUAG